GACGCAAUCACGGCGGGCAGACACGGGUUACUAAUGUACUAGGUACCACCUCGCCACCUACAACUACUUACAGUACUUAUUACUUAUGUACUUACCUAACCAUGCACGGAAAGUUAUCAGAUGGGCCUCUGUCCCACCUCUGCACCCUUGCAAGCCACAUCUGAUAGGGAGUUUUUACCGGACUUGUCAUCAUCCACAAGCCCUCCACUGCCCUCCACAAGCCAUCCACGAGCCCAGAGCCCACGGCACAACCGACGGCCUGCCGACUGCGGUCUGGAGUUGCUUUCCCGUCCAUCUGGGCCAUUUGUCCCGAUUCAUUAAUCACUGCCCAUCCGCCUCCCCAUCUUCCCCUUCCCAGCCUGUUCUUCACAUAUUACCAACCCUCAUUCAUCACCCUCAUUCAUCAGCUGCUCUCUGCCUGCGUAUCUCCUCCUACAGUGCGCACCCUCUCCCUCACCCUCCCCUUCUGCCUCGAGGCUGGAGCAGGUUAUAUAGUUCGCUGUCGCCGAUUGUUUUGCCCCGCGGGCUCUGCUUUUGUUUAGUCAGUUGUCGCCAGUCACGGCCUCUCCCAAGCAUUGAUACUAUCAUCCAUUGUCUUGUCUUGAGGCACUCACCUAUCCCCCAAUUGCACCGCAUAGCAUUGCAUAGCAUCGACCAGCGGUUUUGUGAUAUAUACCUUCGUGACACAGUACAGACCCGCGACAUCCUUCGCGGUCCAAUCCACUUCAAUUGCUUCUAUACUCUCCCUCCUGUCACUUUUACCUUCCUUUGCCUUCUGCAGCCAGCUGCAAGGGACAACUACGGGAUCUAGCAGAAGAGACUAGGCCGUCUGAACACGUUAUCAAAAGAAAUGGCUGCCGCCGUGUCAGACCAGUUCAUUGCUGCCUCGGCGGCUAACAGCAUUCCCGAAGAGUCCAACCUCCCCUCAAUCGCCCCCUCACUCACAUACUCCGAAGACUCGGAGGACCAGGAUGAGUUACGAGUCUCAGAAGAACCGCGGAAACGGCGCGCAUCCACCCGGUUAAUAGCCCAGAGUGCUACCGAUAUACAGAGGAUUACCGGUGAAUCCACCCAGGAGCUCAUCAGCCGAUGUUGCGGCGCUGGCUGCUGUAUGAACUUUCAAAAGAAGAAGCUCGGAGUUGAAUAUGAACAAGUUCCUCUUCCCGACAAUGAUGCCUUCCGCUCUCUGGGGUUAAGGAUCAAGGAAAUCCCUACAGUUUUAACAGGCAUCACCGACAUGCCCGAACAAUUCAUAUUUCUUGAGAAGCACCAAAAUCGGCGCUCAGAGACAUCCUCACCUACUGACUCGGCCAUUUCAUUCGGGAAUGACAUCAGUGAGGAGACCAAUAACUCCAAGACAUUGUCCCAAACCCUCCAGAAAUUGGAUAUUGAGGACCUUGACACCUCCAUCCAGCCCCCGUCCUUCGUUCAGCCACACCCCCCUUAUCACGUCUAUCCUGCAAAGAU